GUAUGUGUAAUGUAUUGCAAGAGGGAGAGAGACUGUGAAGAAUAAUAUCACAAAAAAAAUCCAAUACCCUUUGUAGCAGCCAUGAGUUCCAUGGGUGUAUUUCGUAAAGUAGAAGUGGAUGAAAAAUCUUAUUUAGUAUACACAUCAAUACAACCAAACCAUCCAACCUCCUCCGAUGAAGCUCUAGUUGUGGAUUCUAGUGGUGAAAACCCCCUUCUCCAACCUCAAUUUUCUUGUCCUCAUGCUCGAAUCAGAUCUCAUAAAUUCAUAGUAGAGAAGAACUAUGAUGGUGUUGAUUUCUUCAAGUUUCAUCAAUUCAAUUCUUACCCUAACUUCCCAAGCACAACAAGCGGUGAUCAACAAGGCGAAUCUUUGCUUGACUGCGACGCCGACCACCAUGGUAUCUGUAAGCUCCCUGUACUCCCUCUGUUUUGGUGCAACAAUAAAAAGCCUUAUUCUCAAGAGUUUAAGUGUGGUGCAUGCCAACUAGAAAUGCUUAGUGUAAGCUAUUAUACAUGCCUUGAAUGUGAAGAGAAGUUUCACAAAGAAUGUGUAGAGUCUCCUCUUGAGAUUAAACACCCUUCCCACCCCUUUCAUUCUCUUCGGCUUUACAGUCAUCCAAUGCAUAUGGUGUGCGUUUGUUGUGGAAGACUUGUGUCUAACAUGUUUUAUCAUUGUGCGACAUGUGAUUUGAGUAUGGACCCGAUUUGUGCAAUGAAAACCAUACCCUUUGUUUUAGACCAUCCAAAAAGCCACCCCCACCCUCUCACCUUUUUCCCUACACAAGCUUCUCUAGUUUGCAAUAUUUGUGCCCUUGUCAAGAAGCUUGAUCCCACAUACAUAUGUAUCCAAUGCGUCUUUGUCAUUCAUAAAGAUUGUCUCGGUUACCCACAUGUCAUAAGAAUAUCUCGACACCAACACCGUAUCUCUUAUACCUCUUCUCUACCAUCGGGGAAGUUGUCUUGCGGAGUCUGUCGUCACCAGGUUGACAACAAUUAUGGAGCAUACUCUUGCAAGAAAUGUGAUGAUUAUUUUGUUCAUUCAAUAUGUGCAUUUCAUAGAAAUGUGUGGGAUGGAAAAGAACUCGAAGGAGUAUCAGAACAAGAUGAUAUAAUAGAUGAUGGUGAGCCAUUCGAGAGGAUAGUUGAUGGAAUAAUACUCCAUCCGUAUCACAAUCACUAUCUACGACUUGAGAUUAGCAGAGUUUAUGAUGAAAAUAAGUAUUGUCGAGGGUGUGCUCUUCCGAUCUACGAAGGUCAAUUCUAUUCAUGUAUAGAAUGUGACUUUAUCCUUCAUGAAAGUUGUGCAAAUGCUCCACGUGUGAAACGACAUCCCUUACAUCCACAUCCACUUACACUAAAUGUUGCCACAAAGGAGCUUGGUAAUAACGAAGGCAUAUACCAUUGUAGUGUUUGUGGUCGUAACGGUACUGGCUUCUUCUAUGACCAUCAUGUAGGGGAAGGAAGAUUCCGGCUAGAUUUAAGGUGCGCCUCAAUUAUCGAACCAUUUGAAUAUGAAUGCCACAAACAUCCCUUGUUCAUAGCUUCAGAGCUAGAGAAAAAAGUACGGUGUCAAACAUGCAAAGGAAAAAGCUAUUCAAAGUUAUAUUGCAUGGAGUGCGAUUAUGUUAUAUGUUUUCGUUGCGUUACCUUCCCAUACAAGGUAAGAUACAAACAUGACAGUCAUUUUCUUAGAAUUUGCGAUGGGAAAAAGGCAACUGAUGAACCAGACUGGUGUGAGAUUUGCGAAGGCAAAAUAGAAGAAGUAAAAGAAAGAGAGUCUCCAUGGGACGAAAGAAAAGAAAUGCGGUAUUAUAAAUGCAAUGAGUGUUGCACGACUCUUCAUGUUGAAUGCUUACUUGGGAGAGACAUGUACAUGAAGCCCAGUUUUAGUGUGAAAGAUUACAUUUCUUUUACUAAGCACUCACUAGGAAGUGAGGGUACUAAAUGGACAGAUGUUCGAAUCCUUCUCAAUAGUUCUCUCUCUCGGCCAAUAUGCACUGGAUGCAUGCGCCGUUGUCCAUUCCCAAUAGUUUUCAAAGGCUACAACACAAUAUUUUGUUCUUGGGAUUGUAUUGGAUAUGGCGACGUGGUGGUGACCGAGCCGCCAACGAGUUAUCCAUUUUUCUCUAUCACAGAAGUGGACUUAAACUGAAGUAUGCUGGUAUAUUUAACCUUUGUCAAUCAUUGUUUAAUACAUUAUUUAGUUACACA